CAGCAGCAACAAGCACAACAACAGCAGAAACCAUCUGUGCCAAAACAGGAAAAAGAGCUGACACCAGAGGAAGCAAAAGCACUGACUCAGCGUUACUUGGAUGUUGCCAAGAAAAUCCAUGAGUAUGAGAAGCGUAACAUUCCUAAAACCCUUUCUUUGAAAAAAGAGCAUCUUGCCAGUCUUAUGCAAGCUACCAAGGAGUCAGAAGAGAACUACAAAAAAGCUACAGCUAAAGUGGCCCAGGAAAAAGCAGAUGUAGAUAAACUUCAAACUCCAUCUGUACGUGCAUUCUUCAAGGACCAAGAGUCUUUUGAUGAGAAGAUGUCCAAGGAGCAGGAAGAAUACCUGGAAGCUGUCAGUGAACAAGAGGUGGCCAAAAAGCAAUUGGACAUGGUAACAGCACAAAAAAAGCCUUUGGAAGAAGAGGUGGCUACACUAAGCAAAGAGAUGGAGGCACUCAUGAAAAUGCAUGAUGACCUGGACAUUAUUUUAGAACUUUUCAAUGGUCGAUAUGGCAGUGAGCUAGAGAACAAGCUUGAGACAGAGUGCGAAGUGCUUCUUGACAAGAAUGAAAGGAUUAUGGCUGCCAAAUACAAGUGGACCUAUGCACAGAUCCUUCUUCAGCAUGCUGUCCGACAGCUAUGGUUUGCCUGCUGCCGAUGGAUAGAACUGAGCAGAGUUCCACCACAACAUCUCCAGCAGAAGUACUACAUGGCCACUGAGGUCAGAAACAAUCUCAUUGCAGCAUCCUCCAACAUUGUGAAUGCCAAGCGCUACUUAAACAACAUCAGAUUCCCAUACUGUGAGCCAGGGGAAAUCGCAACAUUACAACGAGCGUGCAACAAUGUCUAUGUUGACAUGAGGACACCUGACCGACAUCAGCAUGCAUUCCAGUGUUACGAUGUCACAUUUAAGCGUGCUGCAGCUUUGCUUCAGUGGUUUGACAGUGUUAUAAAAAAUCAUAUUGAUAAAGAUCUAGUCACAGUAAAGACAGAACUGCAGCUCAAAGAAAAGGCCCUGCGCUCUGAACGGAUACGAUUGAUGAAAGAGAAAAUUGGUCCUGAGGCAGCAAGUCUUGUGAUUCAUGAGCAUGAUUUUGAUGCCAGUGAUGUAAAGCUAGAUCCUGAAAAGGUUGCUGUGAGCAAGCCAGACAAACCUGAAGGUUCUGGAGAAGCACCUGAGUUUGAUGACAAGGGACCACCUGCUUCCACUCCACUGCCUGCCAAUGAGUUGGCUCCCCCUCCUUCUGCAGAAGAACUCUUUGGUAAGAUACAGCAGCUAAAAGAACAGCACAAGAAGGAAAUGGAAGAGUUUGAUGAAGUCCAGGAAACCAACAAAACCCGCAUGGAGCAAGGCCUGCAAGAAAAAAUAAGAGCUCGCAAAAACCGUCGCAUGGCUGCCAUGAUAGAGCAAUAAAAUAAUCAGAACAAUAGAAUAUUUGAUAUUCUUUGAGGAUUCAAUCUGUAAGCUGCAGUAACUCGCCUAAAGGACUAUGCAAGUGAAAGUUAUUAUUAUUAUUGCCUUUUUAUAAAAAUUUGCCCAGGUUGUAUAGAGUUAUUGAUGAUAAUUCCGUCAGCAAACUACUGUUUAUGGUCUGUUAUUGUAGGAACACUCAUGACUAUCAAAACAUGACACAUUUUUUUAAUUGAUGUGUUUUGUUAAUUGUAUGAAUGAUAUUCUUAUGCUUGAAAGAGUGGUGUGAAAAUAUUACUUUGCUAAAAAUUAGUCCAUAAGAUUAUUAUAAACCACCAGUCUUUUUACAUGACAAAGAUCUUAGGUUCAUGAAGUUCAUGGCCUUAUCCAGUUUUAGCAAUAUAUGUGCCUUUAUAUCUGUAGUGUUUUUCUGAAUACAGAGGUUGAAUAACAACUUUUAAAGAUUCUGUUCACCAAGAUACCUCCUGAUCUUAACAAGGUGAUGUAAUGAGAUAAACAAACUUGUAGCAGCAUGGCUUGUAGAAAUACUUUUUGAUUAUUUUCAAAUUGUAUAACUCUUUCGUUCUGUGUAUAUAAUGUAAAUCUGUAUGGGAUAACAUGCAUAAUAUUUAUGUAUCUGCAUUAGUCUCUGAGCUUUAGAGAAGUCCUGUAUAAUAAUUAUACCCAGUCUGUUAAAGAGAUCUUUUUUUCUUUGUAAUAUGAAACUGCAAGAUCACUUUUGAGUCUGAAUCAUUGGCUAUGCCAGAUAAAAUUUCUAAUCCCUCAGGAUGACAUGGCAUAGAUUACCAUGUGCAAAAUUAUUUUCAGUUUCAUUAUGAUUUCCAGAAUCUGAAAACUGUUCUGCUCAUCAGAUAGAAGAGAGUAGUUCUCAUAUUGUGUGUCAAGAUCUCCUUUCCGGUGAUGUCAAUGGCUGUAUACAGCUAUAGCCUUCAGUAACAUCAGUAGUUGGAAUUUAGCCCAAUCAGUGUGCUUAUUCUUAAAAAUACUUUAGAACAAGUUAAUGACAACGAUAUGAUCUGCUCACAAGGAACUUAAAUUUCCAGACCUACUUGGAUUAGCCAUUAAGAUAAACUUUUUUGUACAUUUGUGAAAAGUCAAAUUUACACAUUUUUCAUGACCAAAUGCUGAAAAUAUUAUCCAAAGCUUAUUUCUUGAAAAUGUUCCUAAUUAUGACAUUACACAAUUUAGUGUGGUUCAUACUCUGGAAUAUAGAAAGUAAUCAUAUGAAGCAGUUUUUUUUUACAUGUUUGUACUAUUAUUCUACGUUUUUAUGAUAUAUUUAAAACUUUUAAGAAGUGAGACUACAAAUGUAAUUGUUUACACAGUAUUAGCAAAACUGGGUUCUCAUUAACUGUGCUUUGGAAGAAAUCUUUUUUUGUUUGUUUGUUUUUGCAACAUAUUUUGUAUUUAGCCUGUCUCUCAGAUCCCUUGCUAUCCCUGUUGAGAUGUACCUACCUACAGAUCUUCAUAUUAAUUUCAUUCAUCCAGGCAAGCACAACACACAAGUUACUGGCACUUUUACUUCUCACAGGUGAUCAUCAGUGUUAUAUACAAGCAAAAAUAUGGACAAUGUAUAGAUGCACAACUAGUUAAAAGUACUCGAUAUGAGAAAUAAACAUGUACAUGUAUCAUGUACUUUAAUAUUACACAAACAUACCAAGUUGUAUCCACACUGCAGGUAAAAAAAAAUAAAUUAAAAAUUAAAAUUCUGGUGAAACCAUGAAUAUUUUGCUUUUAGUGAACUGUAAAAAUUCAACUUUUUUUCUAAAUACAAUCCAGGUUGGCAUUUGUUUCCCUACUUGUCAGCACUGUUACAUGAUAUUUCUGACUUCUAAUGUGGACACAGUGCAAUGCAAAUAGUGGAAAGGAAAAUAGUUUUUAAAAAGGCAGCUAAAUUGGUGAACAGUUUAGAGAUACUGCACUGUAUAUAAAACCAAUUUUUGGACUUACAGCGACUUUGGUAUAUAUAAAUUUUUU